AUGAAACUUGAAAGUGUAUUAAUCUUUUUAAUUUUCAAUUCGAUAUUAUGGAGUUUAAUUAAUUCUGUUAAAAAUAAUAAAAAUCAAAGUGAGUUAAAGGGAGUUGAGGAGAAUGUGGCCGGAUCAUCGACCUAUCCUCUAAUUCAAAAAUAUGACCCAUCUUUAAAACCAAAAUCCAAAAUUGCAAAAACUGAGAGGAAUAAUUUAACGGAAAUAAAGUUGAAGAAGAAAGAAUAUAACAGAAAUUACUAUAAAAUUAAUAGAGAAAAAAUACGUGAACAGAGGCAGAAUGUUUAUAAAAAUAGUAAAGAAAUUCUGAUUGAAAAAUCUAAGAAAUAUUAUGAGAAGAAUAAGGAGAAAAUAAGAGAAAAACGGAAAAAUUAUUAUGAAAAUAAUAAAGAUAAAUGUUAUGACGAAAAAAAGCGAGAAUAUUUGCGAAAUUACUAUCUAAGGAAGAAAAAUGAAAAAGAAAUUCUACAAAAAAAUUCUUCAAUUCAAUCUGAUAGUAAAGAAGGAAAUUCUGCUGAUAAUGCACAGAUUAAUAUUUGUGAAAAUAAGGGAAAAGAGCCGAUACUUUCUAGAAAGGAUGAGCAGUUAGAUCAAAAAACGUUCAAUCAAAUAAAUAUUGGGCAUAAUAUUCAACGAGAGGAUGAUUUGAAUGAUUUGGAAGAUUUGAAUUAUUUCGAAGAUUUGAAAUUCAUUGAUGAUUUUGAUUUUUAA